GAUCGAUAGUAUGUCAUUGGUAAUAUAGCGUUGUAGUUUGGUCAUGGAUAUGCGCUUUGGCUGAUGUUACCGACCGUAGCAAACGUUUUAUUAAAUAUGGUUGGAGGGUGCUGAUGACGAUCACGAGUUCCUUGUUGUCGGCAUUGACAAUGCCAUUAUUGCGCCUCUCUGAUACAUUACCUGGAGAUCAAUUACACUGAAUUGAAACUUUUGGUACACCUAUCCUCAGGACAACACCGAAAGUCCUGCAGUUGGGUAAAAUGGAAACCUUAUCGCUACGAUCUGCUCUUUACAUCGUCGUACUCAUUGUCCUGAUCAACUCAAAUGAUGUCGCUAGCACUGAUAAAUUAUUCGUCGCUGACGGGUCUUUGGGUCAGAUCUUUAUAGCGGAGACUGAUGGAGACUCGUUCCUUGCGUCGACUUUUACUCCUCUCAAUCUCACCGUCAAUGAUUCACCGAUAGGCAUCGAUUAUGACUAUCGACUUGAUAUGAUAUACUGGAGUGAUCAAACCAACGGUACCAUACAUCGAUCUACCUCUGACGGGUCGUUUGAUGAAGUGAUAGCGAAUGACACCAGUGUUCCACAUGGCAUCGCUCUUGAUCUGGAAGAGAAUAAAGUGUUUUGGUUGUCUGCCGGUAACGGUUCUCUCUAUCGGUCAGAUAUAACCGGUUCUAAUCUCCAGAUACUACCUCCUGUAUAUUCCAGCCCACGUGGUAUCACUAUCUCCUACAACAGAAGAAAGCUUUACAUUACAACACGUGGCUCUCCAGCUAUUAGAAGCGUAAAUACAGAUGGUACUGAUGAUGCCAUUCUUAUCGAUACGGACAUUGUAUCACCAGGCGGUAUUGCAUUCGAUUUCACAGAGCAACGUUUAUACUGGACUGAUGAUAUCUUGGAUAAAGUCGAGUUUGUUAAUCCAGAUGAUACCAGCGAUCGGACGAUUGUUAUCUCCAUUACUCCAGGAUCGGGGCUUGAUCUGUUCCCAUAUGGCCUUGCUCUUCAUGACAAUGAUAUCUACUUUAGUGACAUCACACAUAGCAUUAUUGUAUACUCUGAUUCUACCACAGGGGCUGUUGAUGUGUUGACUUCUGCAUUUUCUUUGCCGGCUGAAAUUCAUAUUUUUAUGGAUGUAUGUGCAAACCGUUGUCUUAAUAAUGGAAGAUGUGUGAGGUCCUUAACAUCUGUAAAAUGUGAGUGCCCAUUUGGAUUCCUUGGUCAACGUUGUGAAUUCGAUGUAUGCACUGGAAGAUGCGUGAACGGUGGGACAUGUGUCCCUUUUGAGAGAGGCUCUAUUUGCAUCUGUCCCGAUGGCUUCAGUGGAUCCAAGUGUGAUUCUAGAUCGAAGUAUGCACCCCUUAUUUUCAUCUGUGACGAGGAAGCCGGAGUCAUCUUAGAGGGCAGUGCAGACACCUUGGAGUUUAGUCCUUUGCCGAUCCCCAAUGGACACAGACCCGUAGCAGUGGGGUAUAGCCCCGAGGAAGACUUCAUCUUCUGGGUGGAUGCUCGAAAUGGCACACUCAAUCGAGCAUUCCGAAACGGAUCUGAUCACGCCGUACUUGGGAAUACAUUUUCGGAUAUUACCGAUCUUACGAUCGAUUAUAAUUCUCAAAUACUUGGAUACAUCGCGACACAGACCAAUUUAAUACUCCAGCAAGGCUUCGAUGUAGCUUCUACUAGUAAGGUUAUCUACACUGGAGUUAGCGAUCUGACGUCUGUGUGUUAUCAUCCUAACACAGACUUGUAUGCAUUAGACAAUGGACUUGCACCAGCAAUAUUGAGGAUCACACUGGCAGACAAUUUCUCUUCUCUAGAGAGAAUCGAUAAAUCGUCUGCAAUGAAUCUAUCGACCAUGACAUUCGACCGGCAUGGAUCCCGUCUCUUCAUGGUGGAUGUGGUCAAAGGUACACUUGAGACCUGCGACCCGCUCGGUGAAGACCAAGAUGUUCUCCUAACCUACCAGGAUACACAGCCAGUUGAUAUAGAAUGGUACCGAGGUUCGCCAUUCUGGACGGAUACAGGCUCGUACAAGGGUAUCGGAUUCAUGGCGCAGAGAGGAGGCCCAUCCACAGGGGUUACCAACUUACAACAGUUCCAGAGAGGAGCAGGGGUAUAUGCUUACCAUGGCAUUGCCUAUGAAAGACUUGGAGGGGAUGAUUGUCUGGAAGAUGAAUUCCCAUGUAACGAUACGCUCUGCAUACCAAUAUCAUGGAGAUGUGAUGGCCUUGUUGACUGUGAGGGCGAGAUGGAUGAAAUAGACUGCUAUUCUGAACCUGAUUCCAUCGUGUUUGUAAGCGAUCUAGACACCAGUGCAAUUUUCAUGGCAACGACUACAAACCUCAGCUUUACCAAACUACCCCUGACUGAUCUACAAACACCAACAGCCGUUGAUUAUGACCCGGUCGAUAGUAUGAUUUAUUGGGCUGAUAGUCGAGAUGGUUCAAUCAGCUCUGCCUACCUCGAUGGGACGAAUCAACAGAAAAUUGUAACAGAGUUAGGAACACCUGAUGGACUUUUCUUUGAUGUUCAAACCAAGAUGAUAUACUGGACCGAUGUCGGUCUUAGCAACUUGGGGUCGAUGUAUUCCAAUGGUACUGGUAGGAGAGAGCUUCUUACUAACCUCGAUAAACCGAGGGCGAUAAUCAUCGUAUCAAUCAACAGAAUGAUUUACUGGACGGAUUGGGGUGAUAUUCCUAAAAUUGAACUGUGCGACCUCAACGGCGAGAAUCGGCAAGUCGUUAUCGGCAAUGAGCUUGGAUGGCCUAAUGGACUUAGCUAUGAUAGAAUAGAUUCACGCCUCUUCUGGUGUGACGCUCUCCUUGAUAAGAUCGAAUCAUCUGACCUCUAUGGGAAUGACCGGAAACUGCUCCUAGAUAUUUCCCACGGUGUUCUACAUCCAUUUGAUAUCAUCUUCCACCAUGGGGUUGUCAUGUGGACAGAUUGGAACUGUGAUUGCAUUGGUGUCCGUGAGGAGUCACCCCAUGCAUGGCCCAAGACAUAUCUCCUACCAGGGGGACCCUUUACACGGCCAGGGGGCUUCCAUGUCUUUGAAGAUAUCGAUGAAUGUGCAUCUGGUCCCUGUCAGAACAAAGGAAACUGCAUGGAUGGUAUCAACUCUUAUACAUGCAAGUGUACGCAGGGAUACAAUGGACCGACUUGCGAAAUUGAUAUCGAUGAAUGUGUAUCUGGUCCCUGUCUGAACGAAGGAAACUGCAUGGAUGGUAUCAACUCUUAUACAUGCAAUUGUACGCUGGGAUAUAUUGGAUCGACCUGCGAAAUUGAUAUUGAUGAAUGUGCAUCUAGCCCGUGUCUGAACGGAUGGACUUGCUUGGAUGGUAUCAAUUAUUAUACUUGUAACUGUCCUCCUGGCUUUACUGGAUUGUCUUGCGAAAUAGAUAUCGAUGAAUGUGUAUCUGGUCCCUGUCAGAACGGAGGAAACUGCAUGGAUGGCAUCAACUCUUAUACAUGCAUUUGUGCGCAGGGAUAUACUGGAUCGAACUGCGAAAUUAAUAUUGAUGAAUGUGCAUCUAGCCCGUGUCUGAACGGAUGGACUUGCUUGGAUGGUAUGAAUUAUUAUACUUGUAACUGUGCUCCUGGCUUUACUGGAUUGUCUUGCGAAAUAGAUAUCGAUGAAUGUGUAUCUGGUCCCUGUCAGAACGGAGGAAACUGCAUGGAUGGUAUCAACUCUUAUACAUGCAUUUGUGCGCAGGGAUAUACUGGAUCGAACUGCGAAAUUAAUAUUGAUGAAUGUGCAUCUAGCCCGUGUCUGAACGGAUGGACUUGCGUGGAUGGUAUGAAUUAUUAUACAUGUAACUGUCCUCCUGGCUUUACUGGAUUGUCUUGCGAAAUAGAUAUCGAUGAAUGUGCAUCUAUCCCCUGUCAGAACGGAGGAAGCUGCAUGAAUGGUAUCAACUCUUAUACAUGCAUUUGUGCGCAGGGAUAUACUGGAUCGAACUGCGAAAUUAAUAUUGAUGAAUGUGCAUCUAGCCCGUGUCUGAACGGAUGGACUUGCUUGGAUGGUAUGAAUUAUUAUACUUGUAACUGUGCUCCUGGCUUUACUGGAUUGUCUUGCGAAAUAGAUAUCGAUGAAUGUGUAUCUGGUCCCUGUCAGAACGGAGGAAACUGCAUGGAUGGUAUCAACUCUUAUACAUGCAUUUGUGCGCAGGGAUAUACUGGAUCGAACUGCGAAAUUAAUAUUGAUGAAUGUGCAUCUAGCCCGUGUCUGAACGGAUGGACUUGCGUGGAUGGUAUGAAUUAUUAUACAUGUAACUGUCCUCCUGGCUUUACUGGAUUGUCUUGCGAAAUAGAUAUCGAUGAAUGUGCAUCUAUCCCCUGUCAGAACGGAGGAAGCUGCAUGAAUGGUAUCAACUCUUAUACAUGCAAUUGUACGCUGGGAUAUAUUGGAUCGACCUGCGAAAUUGAUAUCAGUGAAUGUGCAUCUGGCCCGUGUCUGAACGGAGGGUCUUGUAUGGAUGAUAUCAACUUUUAUACGUGCCUCUGUCCCAUUGGUUAUACGGGAGUGGAUUGCUCUACUGAAAUUUCGACCACCACGACCAAUACACCAACAACAUUGUCCACUACACCAACCACGGUACUUCCAGAGCUGAUUCGUGUUGUAUCUUCUCCUACCAGUCUUACAGUAAGCGCACUCGAACGCGUUGAGAUGACGUGUGGUUUCGAGAACGCUGUUCGCUUCGAAUGGCAAAAGGAUAAUGUCACGAUCCCUGGAACUGAAAACCAGCCAGUUUACACCAUUCUAUCCAUGACUCCUUCAUAUAUUGGAUACUUCCGCUGUAGGGGAGAAGGAAGAAAUCAUAAUGGGGUGACUGAGAUCUUUACGGACCAAGCCUCCAUCUAUAUCACAGAGUUAUCAAACGUGUUGAUCCAGAACGCCAGGUUUAAUAUCAACGUCACUUCAUCCGGGGAUUUAUCAGACAUUACGUCACAGUAUUACAGUGACGCAUCGGGAAUGAUCGAAAACUAUGUCCAAACUGGCCUGAUGGAGUUUGGUAACUUUGAAGAGAAUUCUUUGUCUGUGGUAUCAUCCAAUCUUCGAGAGGGAAGCAUCAUAGCUAACCUGAAUAUGUACGUCGUAGAAAACGCAACUUCAUCUUUUGAGAUUCAUCAAAAUGUGGAAGACUCUUUCCUAGCCUUGUCUGCCCAAUCUGAUGGAAUACUUGACGCAUCGACUGUCAUGAUUACAAGCACCUCAAUCUGUCCUACCUUCGCGUGGAUGUCAAGGUUUGGUGAAACCGUUUUCGUGGCAGGAGAAGUGAAUUCCAGAUAUAAUUCAACAGGGCCAAAGUGUCCCUUUAAUACGACAAACGCUCAUCAACCCGUUGCCACGGCAUUGUGUUUCGGAGACAAGAUCAGUAAACCAAAAUGGAUUCCAGAUAAUAAUUGCGGUGUAUUCAAGAAUGUAUCUGAGCUGCUUAAGGAAAUUAGCAGUGUGGAGGUAACGGAGGAUAAUGCCGAGGAAAUUGUUGAACAGGUGGCGAUUGUUACAGAAAGCACAGAAGAAUUAACAUCCUCAGAUAUCAGUGAAAUCUCAGGCCUUGUCUUAGAUACAGUGAAUCAGAACAAUAGUGGACGGGAGUUUACUGCUUUUGUGGUGAGCAUUGUGAACAACGUUGGUUCGGCUGACACCACCGAUCUCCAAGAAGCUCAAGAUUCCAGUAACGCCGUCUCGAACAUGUUUGAGGCAUACGAGACUCAACUCAACAAAGUCAACGUUGAAGAAGAUCCAUUUGAUAUCUCGGAGGAAAAUCUCGCAGUUCAGGUUCGGAAUGUACUUCUUGAAGAACUGGAUCAAGGGUUCGGAUUUUUCCUCUCAGGAGAAAGUGCAACAGAUCUUUCUAAUGCUAACAUCACUGCCACGAUGGGAGAGGAUUCAGAGGAACAACGCGUUGGUCUUAUAGCCGAGGUAAGGUUUCCUCCUGAGAUUGCUUCCCUAGUGGACACCAAUGUCAAGGUCAUCUUCAAUGUCUUCGCUAACCCAGUGCUCUUUUCCUCACCAUCGCUUCUUAACUCUAGCAGAGAGAAUCCGGAUGUAAAUACCACCGUCAACACCCCUGUUGUUCUACUCAGCAUUGGUGAUGUGGAAGUAGAAGGACUGGGUCAAUCAAUCAACUUGACCUUUACAGCUUUGGUGCCCGAUUAUGUGAACCAACAGUGUGUUUUCUGGGACCAGGAGAAUUCAUUGUGGUCUCCCGAUGGUUGUCAGGUUGUCCCUUCCAAGUCUGGCACUUCGGUGCUGUCUGGUUCAUCGAGCGGUGCAGGCGUCAACGGUUCUAACACUGAUAUUGAAAGCUCGAUCUUGGAGACAUACACCUGUGCAUGCGACCACCUUACAAACUUUGCGAUCCUAAUGGAUAUCCACGGUGCGACCGGGGUUAAGACUGCGUAUACCUACCUUAGUUUCAUUGGAUGUGCUAUCUCAACGAUCUGCCUUGUCAUCUCCCUAGGGACAUAUCUAUGGAAUAAAAAGCUGCGGAGUCGCCAGACGCACCAGAUCUUCAUCUGCCUGUGCGCCACCUUGCUUGGUCUCUACAUCACAUUCCUCACCAUGCUCGCCCUGGACACAGCAGGGGACACUGUGAGGGUGAACCCUGGAGCGUGUAGCUUUCUAGCCGGUCUCAUCCACUUCUUUGUGCUUUCAUCUAUUGCUUGGAUGGGAGUGGAAGGUUUCAAUACAUACCUGGUUAUCGUCAAGAUCUUCAAUACGUACAUACCAAAGUUCAUGGUCAAAGCCGGCCUUGCAGCCUGGGGUAUUCCUGCGAUCAUCGUAAUCCUGACAGGUGGUAUAGCAAAUACGAAGUAUGCAAGACAGGAAGUAUGCUUCAUUCGUCUGUGGUCUCAAGUCGGUGGUCUUCUGAUACCAGUCGCCGUUGUCCUCGUCGCCAAUGUGGUCAUCUUCAUCCUGGCCAUUCGCCAGCUAUCGAAAUCAUCUCAGAUGGCUGGGAAAAUAAAAAAGGACAGCGAUGCGACUCGUGAGGAGACUAUUGAACGCAUCAAGAACGCAAUCGCCAUCUUGGUUUUGCUAGGGUUAACAUGGAUCACCGGUUAUCUUUUGCUGAUAGAAACAUUCACUCUGGUGGUGCAGGCUUUAUUCAUCCUGUUCAACUCUUUUCAAGGCCUGUUUAUCUUCAUCCUCUACUGCGUGCGGAAGCCACUGAUACGUCAGCAAUGGGGUUUGACCUGUUCUUGUUUCGAGGGAGACGUCAGCUAUGGACGGCGGGUGUCCGCCGCAUCGACUUCGGAGAGUCUCACGGCCAUUUCGAAGUUCUUGACGAGUAGGAGGAAGAGGAAGUACAGCACAGGGGACGAGGUACUGACGGGAGUAUCCAGCGGGACUGAUCCUUUGCCAUCACCGUCGAUCUCCAAUCCUGCUUACAGUGAAGGCGAUGUUGCAUUUGAUGGGUAUAGCGGCAUGGAUUAUGGCAGUUACAAGGAAAGACCUGAUGAAAGUAAUAUUUGAUAUUGCGGAUUGAAAAAGUGAUAGAAAAUCAGCAAAUGUUUGAAAAUCAACCGAAAAAAUAAUUAUACUUCAAGUUAAAUCUCUGUCGAUCCUACUUCUGUAUCGAAAUAUGAAAUAAUUAUUGUUUUGUGUUGAUAUACUCAUCUCAAACAAUAGCGGAAGGACUGGUUUAAAAAUUGCCCCUUUCGAAGCCCCCCCCCCC